GCCUGGUCUCAGAGAAGAAAGGCAAGGCCAGCUGUUUCCAGUCCAAGAACACUGAUGAGGAGGCCUGUGUCACAGUAAAGAUCGAACACACUAAAGCUCUAAGCAGCAGGCCCAGUGAACGCGGCAGCGGCCCACGCAGUGCGAGAGUCAGUCGGACAGGUCUGUGUGGGAAGAGUCCCAGUGAGAAGAGCAGGAGGGGUGUCAAUGGAAGAGGCUUGGCCAGCAGGCCCUUACUGCAGCCCAAACCACAAGUGCCUCCGAAGCCAGCGCACCUCCAGAGCCAGGUGACGGUGCCUGCUGGCCCCCUGCUGGCGCUGGGGCGCGUGGAGAGAGGACUCUUCAGAGCCACCAUGGAGGAGGGAGGAGGAGGGGCGGUGACGGGGAAGAGCCGGGAGAAACCCUCCAAAGUCUUGGACCUCAUCAACCACUUUGAGGAGAACAGCCAGUCGGAAACCAAGAGGGAGGGCUCGCCACUGAAGCAGCUUAGCAAGUCGCCCCUCUGCAGUCCGGCUCACCGGUGCUACCAGAGACAGUCUGAGCCCAAGCAGCAGGACAACAACUCGGUGGAUUUAGGCUCUGUCCCAGGAACGCCACAGGAUGCCCACAAACCAGCGGCUAACGGGGUGCUAGCCCAGAUGGACAGAGACAGGGACAGGGAGAGUGGAUCCCCCCUGAGGACAGACACUGCCCUGGUGAAUGGGGACAUGGGGAACAGGAGCACAGAGCAGAGUAGGGAUAACUCCCCUACAAACACAGAGACAGAGACCCAUACCGAGACAGAGACCCAUACCGAGACAGAGACCCAUACCGAGACAGAGACCCAUACCGAGACAGAGACCCAUACCGAGACAGAGACCCAUACCGAGACAGAGACCCAUACCGAGACAGAGACCCAUACCGAGACAGAGACCCAUAUCGAGACAGAGACCCAUCCCGAGACAGAGACCCAUCCCGAGACAAAGACCCAUCCCGAGACAGAGACCCAUACCGAGACAGAGACCCAUACCGAGACAGAGACCCAUACCGAGACAGAGACCCAUACCGAGACAGAGACCCAUACCGGGGAGGACAGUGAACCUACAGGAGAGCCCCAAUCGGAACAAAGGAAGGAGGAGGCCAUUGUAGAGCAGAAGGUACCGGAGACCAAUGAACAGAAGCUGCACAAGAUUGCCAUUGAGCUCCUGAAGACGGAGAGAGCCUACGUCACACGGCUCAACCUGCUGGACCAGGUGAGUGUGUCCCACUGUCCGUCCAGGGUUCUGUCAUUUCAGGGUCCUGUUCAGUAG